AUGGUGCUGAAACGUGGCAGAAAAGCAGCUUCGAGCGCCGGAUGGUGCAGGCUGCGCCGCCUUGCGCCUACGGUCGGUCGGAUCGCGCUCUUCGUUCACGCGCUCUUCGAUGAAGUCUACUACCGCCCAGGCGGACGCGGGGCUCAGAGUUGCCACGACGAGUUCCAAGCGCUCGCGACUUGA